AUGGGGACUGGUGCGUCAAAAAAGCCGAAAGUGGAAAAUAAACAACUCAAGCCUGCACGCAGUAAGCUCAUGGCAGCGGUAGCCUUGGCAAAGCCAGGCGCAGUUCCAGGUUUGUGUUCUUUGUAAAUGAUUGCCUUUUUCCCGGUUUUCAGUGACGUCACUGAUAGGGAGCUUUAAACUCUGAGGCGAAAGUGAAAAGUGGUUGUACAAAGAUUUGUGAAGAUCAAUAAAGAAUCCCGCAAAUGUGUUAGCAAGAGGAAACAUAGGACAAAGUUGCGAAUAUCGGAUCUAAUAAAGCAUGGCUACCGUAAGCGCGAAUUCAGCUACCCUUUACUAAACACACCCUGUAACAAAGUAGUACUUUGACCCCAAGGGGGUUACUCCCUUUAAUAACCUAUAUGGGGAGGCUUCGCCCGAAAGGGGUAUAGUUUUUCAGGCUUCAGGUCAUAUGGAAGGGUCGGGAUUUCGCUAGUUGAAGUAUAUGAAAGGGUUGGGAAAUCUGUUAUUUCGGUCUGUAAAAAGGCCAAAAGUAGAGGUAUAAAAUUAGCACACAGGCCGAGUUUUACCUUACGCUUCUCUUUUUUAGCGCCGGGAAUGCAGAAAAAAACAACAAUCGAAACGUUGUGGAAGGAGCCAAGACAUGAACGCGGCAAGUGGAAAGAACUCUUGGAGAAGAACUUAGUGGACUUUGAACCUGUUCCUCUCGAUAAAAAUAUGGUGAAUACAUUGCUGCGAGGAAAAACGCUACAAACUAAGGUGAAAAAAGUUUUUCUGUUUGAACUAUCAUCUUUUAAUUUAGUAUUCUUAAUGUAUCUCUUGGUGUUGCGCUCGAUUGUGUUGUAAGGAUCGAUAUCGUGUAACUGUACUCAGAUAUAUAUCUUUUGUUCUAACUUUGUUUUAGGCUUCCGAUAUUCGGAUCAUUCGGGUUUUCAUCAGCUCAACCUUUACGGAUACAGCGCAGGAAAGAAACCUACUUAUCGCUGAUGGUACAUGGCUCUUUCUUCUUGUUGUUUUCUUGUUGUCAGACAUUGCCCAGUCCCCAGGCCUCAUUGUUCCGUGUGGCUUAUGCGUUUCAAAUCUGACGUGGUCCUUUCGUCUCAGAUACGUCACCGAAAUUUAUUGACCCAGAAGGCCUGGGAAGACGCCGUACAGGGACUAGGCAAGAUCAGACUGUCGAUAGGCUGGAAGUCAAAUUGCUCCAAAAAAACCUCCCUCUCUGGAGAACUUCUUUCAUCUUAUUUGAGCCUAACCGGGAAACUUCCUUUUUUUGCACAACUAUCCUGCCAAGCAGGCUAAAAUAACAACUACUAAAACAACUACUAUAACAACAACUAAAAUAUAGUGUGAAAAUUAUUUGUGAAACAGAAAACUUCUCUAAGCCUGGAAUAAGACUUGUCCUCUUCGCAUAAGCGCCUAUUUUCACAUUUUCUAGUUGCAUUAGGUAUCUCAUACGUUUCUCUCAGUUGUCCGGCACGCUUGCACUCAAAACAAGAUGGGAAAAUUGUCUCGCAAUCAGUUAGAUGUAGGUGGUUGCGAGGACUGAGCCCAACCCGAAAAAUGACUUAGUCUUCACUCGUAUGUCAUAUGUUACUGAUCGCCUCUUACUAAUUCUACCAGAGAAUUCUUUUCGGUAAGUUUUUUUAACGACUCGAUCGACUUCGUGUCGCUGACCGAGUAGCUGGCUUGUUUUACUUUCUUUCUUGCGAAGUAAAAAAGCCAACUGUACGCGAAUGUCAGAGCCGCAAUACCCAAAGAGACCUCUACUAGUGGGGAAACCAUUUUUCGCUGUUGGCUCAAGAAAUAAUGGCUUAUUUUCUUCUUCACCAGUCUAUCCGUACUUGAAACUGUUCGGAAGGAAAUAUGGAUUUGAAUUUGCGUCGUCGGAGAUGCGCUGGGGGAUCAGAGAGGAGUAAGUGUCCGCAAACUUGACUUAAAAGUAAUCUCUUGACUGUAUGGCUUAGCAAUCAGGUAAGCAUUAGUCCACAUUGGCCUAAAUCCCCUUGGACGCCUUAUGAAGUUUACACCACCCAGUAUUACUUGUUGCUUCGCUAUAUGGUCCUAUAUAUAGUGAUAUGGGUUAAGCAAUACUAACAAGGGUUAAGCACUGAAAAUUGUGAUUAAGGUUAAUCACUGACUAUAGUGAUUAGGGUAAAGCCCUGAAAAUAGCGAUUAGGGUUAAGCAUGCGCACUGACUCGAAUUUGUCAGCUUCAAAUCAAACCAUUUCUUGCCAGUUAAACGUAAUAGUAUAAGUGACGGACUGCAGACACCACACUCCGGGUUCGAUUCAUACCCUAAUUUCCUUAAAAAUUAAAGUGACUUACACUUUCAUGAACAGUUACUGAGCAGUAAUUUCAAGAGACUUAAAAAAUUUCAUCUAAGUGUAGUGUGGAAGCAAUAAAGAAUGAUGCGUUGUCCAAGGGAUUUAGGCCGAUGAGAUCCGAUACUGAACUACCAAUCAAUUCUUUGGUGCUUAUUGUUUUCUUCACCCACUCACUCUUUCAGGUCCUCCUCUGAUCACAUGACCUCGAUAAUUUGUAUGGCCGAAAUAGCCAGGUAAAUAUUUAUGGGUGAUGCAUGCAUCUCACUUAUGAUUACACGUGACUUACCGGCCUGUUUUCUUUUUCACAGGUGUCAAAGAGAGUCGCAAGGAAUCAACUAUGUUGCUUUCUUGGGUGAUAAAUAUGGUAGGUUGACUUAGCUGAUUUCUUCUGCUGUUAAAUUGUCAUUUUUCAAACAUUUAUUGGCAUCAAAUUUUCACAAAUCAUAGAUCGUUUUUUAAAAGCUACAGAGGGGUGGAAAGAUUUAGCUUUCAAGCGUUCCUUGUUUAAGAACUGUUUGAUUCUAAGUAGAACAGGCGGUGAUUUAUCUCGGCAUCUGACAGCGACGAACAUAAACAACCAAUGCAUUUCCGAAUUGUCCCAUGCCUCUGUUUCGGAGCGAGGCUUAAUGCGAAGACAUUCAUAUGAAAAUGAUUUUUUAAUCUCAUGCAAAUAAAAGUCAUUUUCAAAAGAAAUAUUUUGCACUUUGCUUCGGUUUGAACGUGAGUAACUCGGUAGUGGCCUGGACUACAAGAGAGAAGAAUGGGCAUAUCUGGGGUAAAUUGAUUUAAAAAUCACCGCUGGCAAUAUUAUUUCGUAAUAUAGAAACGACUCUCUUAUUUUGCGCGCGCGUUUUUUCCCUUUUAUUGCGUAACUAUUCGAACGGCAAAUGCCACUCUACUGGAAUUUGUCUUUGCCAAGGAAACGAGUGCAUUUACUGCGAAACUUCAACUAAGUUACGGAAGGUUUCAAGAAACAAUCAAAAGGUAUGUUGAAUACCCGGCCAAUCUGAUAACUGACUCCUUCACUCCUUUUGUCCUUUAGUCAACGAGUCCGAAUUGUACUUGCGGAGUCCUGCAGUCACCCAGUCAUCAAGUGCAUUUCCUAUACCUCCUCAUUGUUGAAAAUAACACCUGUGUAACAUUAUAUAGUUCGUUCCUAAAACCUUUAAUCUUGUAAACAUUGCUUUCUCCUUUCACCACUCAUGAAUACAUACAUUAGUGAGGCUUUGAAGUACACCUCAAAAAAACUUAGAUGGCGUCAACUCUUAAUGUGCACUGCUUCUGCUGCACAAAACAAGACAAUAACGGGAUUUUUAUUACUACGCUGUGCAAAUUUUAGGAGAACCAAAAGCUAAAGCGAGUUUACCAAGAAUGACUGAUUAGAUUAUGUGACAUACAUUGCUGCAUAGCUCCGCACCAUAUAUGACACGCCUCGAAAAAAAACCUUCUAGCGCAAGUUUUUAUUAUUGCUCUCACGUAAUCACGUAAGUUUCAAAAUAAAUAUGAUUUUUCUUUUAAAGGGUAGACUUUAUGCGACUCAACAUUUUACUGUACCCCUGAGUCAAAAGAUCAAUUGUUUAGAAACUGAAGCAUGCUUUGAUUGUGCAGUUCAGUUUUCAAAGUAUGGUUUUGCGCAGGUUAUGGGCUCCUGUUUUGCGUUUCAACUUGCGCGCACAAGUUUAAACCUCUGUGCGCGCACAUAACAUGCGCUAUUUGAUUGGCUUAGAUUUGCGCGCGCAAAUUCGCCGUUUGUUAUGUCACAAAGGGAAACAUUUCAGUUCGUCAACGAAAAGUCUCGUUUCAGGCGCUUUUUUUGGAAGAAUGAAGAGUUUGCUAAAUAACUCCUUCAUAGAAACUUUUUUAACGCCUUAGCUUCAAGGAAUAGAAACGUGUGACAAAGAAGUAUAUGGUAGAUUGAUGUCUCAUGUUUAUUUCGGGUCCUUUGUCAAAGAUUUGUAGAGUAACUUUAAAGGUGAUUCUACGCGGGAAGAUUCGCAACGGCGAUUUUUAUCGCAACACAGCGUCUAGGUUGCAAUUUGUUGUUGUUGUUGUUGUUGUUGUUGUUUUUUGUAAAAAACCGUCGUUGUGAAUCUUCCCAUGUAACAUCACCUUAAGAAAAUCGUUGGGUGCUUUGUUCUUAGCAUGUCUGCACUGGGGAAUUUCGUUUUGGCUUCUCUUAAGCCCCAUUCACAUCAAAAGCUGUUAAGUCAAAUACGGUUUAAAUUUUCUUCUCAUUGUACUUUUAUUGCUGGCAAUUUAAGUGCAAUUAUGUAACAUACUAAAGAUCAUUUGAAUUCUGUGUAGAAGCCUGUGUUUUAGUUUUCCGUCAAUGUUUUUAAUUUUUUAAACCUGGCUUUAAUUAAACAUGCUUAGUUAGUGUGACUAGGACGUUAGUAAGAUACAGGGCUUGGAUAUUACAAAUAAUUUGCAGUAACGAUACCAAUACAAAGUACUGUUUAAAGGCUUCCUUGUUCAAUGUUUUUUUUGUAGGGUUUCGUCCUUUUCCAUCGCGUAUUGAAGCAAGUGAAUUUGAGCAGCUUCAGGCACAAGCUGAAAAGGACAAUGACCCGGAUGUUAAUCUGCUCAGUGAAUGGUUAGCUUGUAACUGUGUUUGACUAGCUUUUUAUUCAUAACUAUUAUUGUAGCGGUUUUAUGUUGAGAUGUACGCUAAUAAUGUACUCCUAAGUACGUUUUUCACUACAUAUGGGUGCUGAUUACAUGAACCGCUGCGCCCGGUUUGGCGAGCUCGCUCGCUUUGCCCAAGUGACUUUUAUCCCGGUAUUUCACGUUAGUGGGCUGACUGGGUUGUCGCGUAAUAACAAAGCGAUUUCUUUUGCGUUUUUAACGUGCUAGGAUCCUAGCAGCGUAACGUUUACCCAAGAGAGGUUCACCACACUAUCGGGGUCUAUGCCUUCCACCCCCCACUCUGGCAACAGUGUGGGUUCUUUUACGUCCGAAAAGAACCAGAUUAAUGAAAGUGUUUUGAGACAGAGCCAUGGAUUUUCGUCCUUAUCCGAGAUAACUAGAUAUGUAAAUCUUCAACAAAGGCGGGACCUUUUCCUUAGUUAUUUUAGGAUUCCCAGUGCUGCACCAGCGCUGGACCAGCCGGGAAUCGAAACCGGGCCUACCGCUCAAAAGUCUGAAACUCAACCCAUUAGGCUAACCAGUCAGCGGUAAGUAUAGUGCGAACUGCUCUGACUAACUGACUACGAAACAUUGUUUCCAAGCUUAGCUAGGCCCUAACUAGCCAAUCAGCAACGGAGGCAAACAAUGGAAUAAACUAUCCAAGUAAAGCCGAUAACUAGUCUCCUUCGCAGCAGCUCGGGCCGCCUGAGUCACAUUGCGUCAGGUCAGCGAAGAAAACGGUUGCCUUGGUUCUCCAUUAGAAAGUAACCGGACAUUUUAGAAAGACAAAAACAGGAACGAAAUUGCGAUCUGCCUUCUCUUAAGGGGCCAUGUAAUUGUGUCUCUCAUUCCCAGGUUUGAUUUAAACACAAAUCUGGUACCUCAUACAUACAUCCUAAAGCCAAGCAGUCAGGCGCAACAUGGAAAGUGGUGGGAUAUAUUCGAGAAGUUACAGAUGACUCUAAGAAAGGCGUCACGCUGUUUAAAGGACAAAGAAAGGUAUUAUUGUGCUAUUUUCCCUUGUAUUAAAACCUCUUAAGUAGUCUUAGUAAGCUGAGCAAAGGAUUAUUCAGCGUUCUCUCCUAUUCGUUCCUACAGUGACGGGUUGGAGGGAACCCUGGGAACGAGGUUGAACCACACCCAUGUUUACACCCACGUUUAGUGACUGGAUUCCAAGUCCCCCAUACGAGCAACUCGGCCCAGCUUCCGCACUGAGUUCCGCUCGCUAAGAAACUUUCAUUAAGGGUCACUCGAAGAAUGUCUGGCCACGCCUUCAGAAAGCUAUCUUCUUUUCUAUGUUUAGAGCAAAGUGGUACACAGUAUCAGUCACAGAAGAAGAAGUCCAUCGUGGUUUACUUAACAUGAAUAACAGAGAUCAAAAGACGUUCUGUUAUCGCAGGAAAAUCAUUAAUUUAGACAACAACUACCAAGACAAACCUGCAGGAAAGUUUAUUGACAAAAAGGUAGGAUCGACAAUCACUUAGUUUUAUCUUAGUAGGCCGUGUCAUCAUUAGAUACCUUUAGAUUCUAAGCUUAGACGACGAUUACGAUAACAAGAUUUAACGUGCUAGCCGUCCUCAUUUUACUACGGGUUUUUAGCUAGAAACGUUAGAAGUUUUGUCAAUUUAUGCGUCAGUCAAUUUCAGCUGCGCCCAGCCCCCCCACUCCACCCCCCCCCCCCCACCCCACCCCCCACCCCCACCCACAACCAACCACCCCACCGCCCUCCAGCACUCACCCACUGAUUUUUGCGUCACGUUACCCGUCUCCGUUCUUGCGCCCUCGUGCCCCCAUCCCGUCAUUAUCUCUUUACUGUGUUUAAAUACACACACAUUUGACAUCUUGAGCUACUUGGAGUAGCAGCACUCACGUCCCCCACCCCCCCACCCCCCCCCCCCCCCCCCCACACACACACACACACACACACACACACUCCGGGCUGAACCCUGUGCAUUAGCAUUUUUUUGCCUUGGAUGGCAAUUUCCUGGUGCAGGGACUCUUGAGCUGUCAAAUCCCCCGGGGUGGGGACGAAAAAAGAGGGCAAAUGCCCCGUCCUUCAUCAACACUGCAACACUUUCCAUUGAUUGCACAGUCGAGUAGUGCCAUUUUAAGCAUUUUAAUGUGCGAUUUCUUGUUUAAUUUAAAGUCUGCCUUUGUAAUAGCGCUAUUCUAAUUAAGACCACUCCGCAACGCAUUUUAUUUGAGUGUCAAUAAGCUUCGGUAAAACGUGCAACUUGUUAGGUGCAACAUUGCCGCAAAACGAGUUAAAUAACGAUGUUGCGCGUUUAACCCAACCAACCUCGUUCAAACUUGUUAAUAACCUGAUUUGUUGAAAAAUAGGUUUGAUGUGGCUGGUAAAACGCGCAACAUUGCUUUUCAACUCUUUUUGCAGGAAUGUUGCAAAACAAUUUGCACGUUCUUGUUGCCCAUUUUACCGUACCUUUAAGAGCCACCCUAGGGGGAGGUAUUUCUUGGAAUUCUUGAUGGGGGUGUGCCACCCGGUUCUCCAAAUCCUGACGCUAUUUCAGACCAAAAAAUGUCAUUUUUCACACCCGUUUUCAGACCUGGCCUCUAAAAUCCAUCCCUGUUUUCAGACCUGGAGGUGGUCACAAAACGCAACAUACACGUUUACAUCGACAGAAAUAAUGUCAUCAUUGCUGAGAUUAGAACGCCAACAGAAAUAUUUCUUUCUUAUUCAUUUAUAAUAAAACGACGAACAUAUUCAUACACCAUCGUAGUUUCCUUUGUAAACCACACCCGAUUCCAGGCCAAAAUGGGCAAAAUCUAUACCCGUUUUCAGACCAAAACGGCGCUAAAACCAUACCCUUUGGGACGGCACAUACUUGUAUGGCUUAUAUAAGGGAGUACCCCCCCCCCGGGGGAGCCACCGCAACUAUGUGUAACACUAGAUAAGUGAUAGGAGUAUAGUAGAAGGUUCCAUAAAGAUAGAUUCAAAUGUAUGUUUCUCUCUAAUUUUAUUUUAAGUACAGCGAUGGUACUAUUGACAGUGAAGCGCAGAGGUUUCUUCAUAAACUAAAGGACGAAAAGGUACCAGGUGCUCUAAAUCCUUCAAACAUUAAAAACUAUACAGUAAACUGGGGUCCUGGAAUAACACUGGAGCAACAUGCAGAUUACCUCAGGUUAGUUUGGGUUUCAAUACAUUUUGCCCACCCGUUUUACCACAAGAGUCAACUAUGUAGACAUUUUUGUCGUUCUAUCUUUUGAAUCUGUGGCGGUGUGACCUUUCACACAAUACCUCUUAUUUAGAAUGUGGUUGUAACUUUUCAGAUCCUAUGGUGUGACAAAUUAAAUGAAAUCUAUACGGCACCUGGGAAGCACUAUUACAAGCUUUUCUUUCUGGCGCUCGCUUCGCUCGCAUGCUCCCAAUCUCGCGAACGCCAAAUUCGUCGGAAGAAAAAACAAAUACAAAGACACAAAAAAUGUUUGUGGAUAGGCUGCAUUUUAACCUCCGUCAAGCGGUUGUGGCAACAAACUCUAGUCGGAAUGGCCAAAACGGCAAAAGGUGGCCCGCCGCAGUAUAGUAGCUGCGUGAACUCUGGCAUUUUUAUGUUUUAAGCUAUUUCGUUAGAACAGUGCAUUUCGCCGAGAUGUUGCCAAUCGGAUGAAAGCGUUUCUUACUAUCAGUCGUCAUGUUGCAAACGUUUCUUUCUACUGAUCUAAUUACUUUGUUUUUAAAGAGAGUUUGGCGACCAUUUCUGUGACCUCAUGGUGCAGUCAAUGACUGAAGCAAUCAAAGGUGGUCACGUGGCUGAUGACGUACUAUUUGAGGAGGUCAAAAGUCAUGCAGUGUUUUGCCUGGAGAAAGCUGCGCAAGUGUAUGGAAAGGAUGAUAUUCUAGAAAAGGUAUCGAAAGUGAACUUUGAGCACAUGAAAAUAUAUUAAAAACAGCAAACUAAGUAUUUCGGAUUUUCUAGUCGAUCCCAUCAACGGUACGGAGAAGCAUCAAUGUUCCUGAAAUUCCGUGCAUUUCCGUCACGAUUCGAGCAGUUUGUUUUCCCACUCGCUUGCAUGAGGAGCUACAGUGAUUCAAAGUAACAAUAGUGUUGUAUGGUUAUAUGAGAUAAAUUUUUUUUUUUUGUAAGGUCGCUGGGAAUCGGAUUCAAACUGGUAGGGCCAGGGUACUCUAGCCAAUGAGCCACAAGAGACUCAUGGUGUGCAAUUCCAUUGACUAGGUGCAAUAACCGUUUGGGUACCAUACUAUAAGACCAUUAACCCCACAAUACAUGUCUGAGGGAGUUAUCCACAACUUCCUCUUUUAGACCCGGCUUUUAUUCGGAGCCUCGGCGUCUUAUGGAGAAAGAACUAUAGCUUUACAUACAUAUUUAUCAUGUUUUUCCUAGGUGAGUUCGUAUUUGACCAGCGAUUCCUCCACGCCUUUGGUGAUUCAUGGUCCUUCAGGUUCAGGAAAGACAAGCAUCAUGGCAAAAGCAAUAGCUAAUGCUGUGGCAUCGGUAAUGUACACCGAAUUAUACUCUGAUUUCUAAUUCACCAUGUAAAUUGUAUAGCUGAUAGUUAAAGGAUGUGUGCCAUUGAAUUUAUCAAAAUUCAAACAGUUACAACUGCCAUGAAAUUGAGUUAAACAUAGAAAUAAGCUCUCGAAAGUUUACAAAAAAAGGUAUAACUAACACAACAAAUAUAAAAGGAGACAGACAUGGACAAACUUGAAGAAAAUUGAAAUGGAUUUCACUUUCACUUUUUGGAAACUUCUUAGCCUAAAGGUGGAUAUCCAUUGUCGCGUAAUUGUUCCGUGUAAACGCGCGUAAAUAAAAUAGAAGCAAUGUAUGAAAGGCCACGCAUAAACGUGAAAGUUGAGCGAGGUUCAACUUUUACGUUUUCUGUUGACCUUCCAUACAUUGUCUCUAUUUACGCGCGUAAAAUUUAUAACCGGCCUUUCUUUCUUCAAAUCUCUGGUAGUUAGACUUCUGUGCAAUAUAAUACUCAUCUCCCUCCUACCCUCCAUUCAAAGUUGUUCCUCAAAGUUUUGAGCACGGUCUUGUAUUGCUUGCAACUUUGAUAAGGGGAGGAGAAGGGAUCACAAGCACAAGAUCAUGGUUUGGCCAUUUAAGCCAAAAUAAGGCACAGUGUCUCAAGCACUUUUGCACUUGAUUGUAGCAGUGGCCACGCAAUUGGUUUUAUUAACAAAAUGAGCCAGAAAACACAGUCCCUUCAAUUACACGACUGACCCUUAGAGAGCUUAAGCAAAGAUGUUUCUGAGCGACGCAUGUCAAAUUGAGGGACUUUUUGUAUUCUUCGUCAGUUAUUAUACCUAGAUUUUUCGGAGAAUCGUCUCUAUAAGAGUAAAAACGCUUAUAAAUACUUAUUUGGUAGCGUCAAGGCAAAUUGAAAGGGAAAAAAUGCCUCACUUCCGGUUGACGUUCGUCGCUCAAAAACGUCUUUGCUGAAGCUUGCUAUCCCCAUUCCAUGCAGUCUUCAGAUGCAGUGAUAAUUUAUCGUUUUCUGGGGACCAGCAUGGAUUCCACAGCCGCCCGGCCUCUUCUCCGAUCACUGUGUAUCCAGCUAAGAAGAAUAUACAGUAAAGAUCCCAAUGGGGUUGCCAACGAUUUCAAGACUCUUUGCGAAGAGUUCAUCCAAAAUCUAAAGCUUGCAACCAACGGACAGCCCUUAUUCCUGUUCCUGGACUCCUUGGAUCAGAUGACAGAUGAAGACAAUGGACGCAAUUUAGAAUGGCUUCCUUUUGAGUUGCCUUCCCGCAAUGUCAAAAUCGUGGUGUCUACUUUGCCCGAAGAAGGAGGAUGCUUGAAUAAGCUACGGCUAUCUUUACCUGAAGAAGGACUAGUAGAGGUAGGUUAAUUUGUUGGAUAGAAUGAGGGUACUUUGGCGAGUUGUCGUGUGAAGUGUGUGACAGGACAUUAAGUAAUUAUUUCUAGCUGGUUGCUCUUUGAAUCACGAGGCCUCUAUGCAAAGUUUGGUUGAAGCAAGUAAUCUACACUGUCUCGGUAGAGGAGUUUACCUAACAUUUUCGAGAGAUGUGUGUAUUGUAGAGAGUCAGAUGACGUGGCGAACCACUUUUCUUAGUAAAAAAAGGUCCAAGAACCACUUUUGAGAAACCAAAUUUGGAGGCGUUUCAUUUGAGGCUUCUUUGAGAGGUAUCGACUCACAAGCUCCAAGUUCUCAUAAGAACACUGCUUGCAUCUAUACUAACAUUAGUAAUAACCAAAGGUUAUGGAGUGCGGGCGACAAUGAUCGCGGGUCAAAACGCUCUUGCUCCAAGGCUGUGCUUUCCGUACGGUUCACGUGAUAGAUGGUCAAAACACGCGUGAUCAGAUUCCCAGUGAUAAAAGGUCCAAACGUCUUGUGCAUUCCAUUCAUUUUUAGUGGAAGUCCAAACAAAGCUGGCUACAUACAUGCGACGCAUACGUGAUGGAAACCUAGAGCUUAGGAUUGCGGGUUCCUCCUGACACCCGCAAAGCUUCUUAUCUAUUGUUUUUGUUUUUAUGCUCUUAGUCCAAGUUUCGAGGCAAAAAAAAUUCUCGUGUACACAGAAUAAGCUCAGUGUGUAUGCUUACUUUCCAGGUCACUAAGAUGUCCGCUAAUGAUGGCAAAGAACUCCUUGAAUCCUGGUUAAAAGCCAGCAAUAGAAGUCUGACUGCUUCACAAAUGUUAGAAGUCUUAGACGCCUUUAAUGAAUGCCCUUAUCCGCUAUUCCUCAAGGUUUGCAAGAGCCCAGCACCUUAUCGCAAUUACUUUAUUAUAUUUAAGUUGUCCGGCAUCAAAAGAGAAACAAUUCUAAGCAAGUUCUUGAAGACUGUGACUUACAAGUAGACUAGCUUUGGGUGGUGAACAAACUUGUGCACUAAUGGAACUAUAUCCUCGGAGCGUCUACCCCCUAUCAGUAAGUGUCAGAGCGAAUAAGACAUUCAGUCAAUUAUAAGAUUUCCCUUCCCUCGAAAUUCCUUUUGCUCGCAGACUUCUACACUAUCCAAUGUGACAGUUGGUCUUCUAUAAAGGCUCUCUGGUCUGCUUUUCCGAUGUUCCUCAAUAAGCUUAACUCUUUUGGCUUCACUCUUUGCUGAUCCCAUCCGCUAUUGCUGGAAAUCCUACUCUGCUUUGAUUGGCUGAACUUUUUUAAUAAUCAAUGAUGUCACCAAGCAAUCAUUUCUUUUUUUUUUUGGAGUGCCCGCAAACCGCUAAAAGAAAAUAAAUUCGAGUGGAAAAUGAAAUUUAAGUGGUAAUCCAAGUGGUCUUUCAUGAAAUCGCAUAUUUCAGUUGGUAAAUAAAUCGACAAUUCGGCCGUUAUUAGAAAAUAGAUGAUUAAUGUGCUGGCGCAUCGUCUUCCCAAGGGUGAAAUAGCCAACUCCCUUUUUACGUUAUAUAUGCUAUCUUCUUUUGUGAUGACUCCAGACGUUUCUGAGAAGUCCUUUUCCUUCUCUUAUCUUCAGAUUGCGUUUGAGACUUCAUGUACGUGGACCUCUUCCACUCCAGUUGAUGACAUCACUCUGUCCAGGACUGUGAGACAACUCAUCGAUGACAUGUUUGACAGGCUUAUUCGUAUCCAUGGCAACUUGUUGGUUGAUCACGCCCUGGGAUACCUUACAGUUGCUAAGUUUGGAUUAACAGGUUCAAUUUUGAUUCUCUUGUCAUCUGUUAAACUAGUUUUUUUGUGUGUGUGCGAGGAAACGUUUAUUUUUUAUCGCUGCAUGUCAUUUUACUGAUUACUAUUUUUUCAUCCUAUAUUUACAAAGCUGAUCUCAUUCAUGGACGACAGUGAUGAAAAUAGCAAGCAAACAUAGUUUGCAUUCAUGCUUUUCCAUGUCAUAUCUGCCCGUCUGUUUUGUUAUCACUGCAUAUGUACUUCGCAAAGUCAUUGAUGACUUAUAAACAAUAUCAAACAAGGAAAUAAUUACCUUGAAGGAGGUUUGAAUAUUCGAAAUGUGUUCCCAAUUCAUUAUUGUAUAGUGUAAGGGAAGUUUGUUUUAAAUUAUUCUUCGAUAGUUAAUUUGUUUUUAGAACAAACAAAUUGAUUUUUUUUUAUUCACACAUAUCGAAUUCAGUCCAGAACAUUCGACUAAACCUUGUUCGUUCACUGGAAAACACUUUUCUACGUGUUUGAUAUCUUCCUUAGAAAUAUAUCAUUAUUUGACAAUCGAAGUAAUAAUCCAAUCAAACAUCAAACAUCACUCGAGAAAAAAAUCGCCGCUCUUUGUAUAACAAGCCCAAAUAUCAGUGUUUGAAUACCGCUCAAGACACUCCCCCUCGUGUUUCUUGUCUUACUUCGCAGCCAAUGAACUAGAAGAUAUACUGUCAUGUGACGACGAAGUUUUGAAUGACGUGUACCAAUGGUGGGAACCUCCUGUGAGGCGGCUUCCUCCGUUGCUGUGGGUCCGCAUUCAGACAGACCUGGGACCCUAUCUUGUAGAGAGAGGGCUUAAGGGAGGCACACCCGUGUUGUCAUGGUAUCACAGACAGUUCAGAGAGGCGGCUGAGGAGGUAUGGAGUUACGUACUUUCUCUUGAUUUUGCUCCGAAUGCAUCUUAAACCCAUCAACGCCUCAUAAACCAAAUGAAUUAAAAGCGCUUUUAGAGGGAAAGCCCAAAGGUAUUAAGCGAUAUUUUUUCAUUAAUAAGGUCUCAUUGAAAUGAUUAUUUUGACCAAGCAAUAUCGCUUGCCUUAUAAUAUCUCUACUUUCAAUUAAUGGGACAGGGACAUUUUUAUAAUCGAUUUAUGUACUCUUAAAGCAGUAAAAACAUAAAAAUAUCAUGUCCCAACAGCCGAAUCUUCAUACUUUAAAGGUUGUUAGGAAAGCCUACGUCGACUAGAAAAUUAGUUAAUCAUGGUGGGAAACUCUUAUUUUUAACAAUGAAGUACCUGAAAACAAGGACGAACUAACUGGACGCAAUUCCUUGUAUGGAUAAAGAAACUUUUAAGAAUUUCUGUGAAAAGGAAUAAGGCAAAUACAAUUGGCUCUAAAAAGACAGAUCCUUUUAAAAGGCACCGAAACGUGAGUAAAGAAUGAUCUCCGAGCCGGACUCUGCAACACUUCUCUUGACUGCGAUUUGCGCUCGUAUAUUUUCAUCAUCUAUUAAGUGUGUGGUAAAAUUCAACUUUGAUAAUGAAGCUUUGUUCGGAGAUGUAAAUUAUCAUCCACAAAGCAUUUUGUAUGCUUCAUUUUCAGAGGUUUGUUUCUGAUCCAGAAGUACGGAAGAAGCGUCACGGCGCCAUUGCCGAGUAUUUUAUUGGCCGCUGGGCAGGACAACCUCUACCAUACGUGGGGAAAGAUGGUAGGGGUCAUUAUACGUUUCUGGGAAACUGCCCACCUACCCCUUCCCUAAGCCAACAUUAACACCAACGUCUCAGUUAGGGCAGAAUGUUGGCUUAAGGGAGGGGUUGGCGGGCAGUUUACCAGAAACAUAUAUGGUAUAUAUGGUAGUUACUACACAACUAAGUUGUAAAUAAGUAGGUUGAGUUUGAUCGUCCGGGUGAACGUAGUCCUCAACAGGACUGUUGUUGUUGGCAGUGACUGACGUUUCGACAACCUGUGCAGUUGUCAUCUUCAGAGUCAAAGUGAGUUGUAUCACUUCAGUUGAUUUGAUGGUAUUAAACUCUGGUUAUUGGCCUGAUUGGUCAAUUAAGUCGCGAUGUUAUUGGUCGUCUAUCGGUUAAGCCGUGAUGCUAUUGGCUAUGAAGACUCGUAAAUGUCAUCGGUGCGUUUCAAUCCGUCUAUUGUCGCAAUUAAACAGUCUUUUAUUGUUACUCAAAUUGUCAGUUGUCCAGUCGUUCUCUCGUGGUUAAUUUUGCUUGAUUCCGUCAAAAUUAUAGUCAGUAAAAGGCAGUGUUUUUAGUUGUCACAAGUAACAGCUUCGGGCCAUUGAGACCAUGUGACCGUAGUAGUAUGGUAGGGACCGACUUAUCCUUUUUUUGCACAGGAGUCUCAUUAACUUGAAGCAGGAAUAUAUUUUGGAAGAAAGGGAAUUCUUAUACCAGAAAACUCAGAAAAAAUUCCGAACUCCAGGUGAGAAUCAAACUCACGACCCUCCGAGUUCUAGUUCGGACGUCCUAACCACUGAGUUACUGGAUACUCUAUGGCUCUAUUAACGCCGAUGACGUCAUAAACUUUUGUCUUAAUCUCAUGAAUAAAAUGAGGUGGAUUAUCAUUAAGAGAAGGUCAUGUCCUCUUUUUAGGUGGACUAACCCGUUUGGACAAGUUUCCUAGUUAUUUUAGGACUGAUGAAUGUCUUGAUUUUCGAUUUAUUCAUGAAAUAAAGACAAAAGGCUAUGGCGUCAUUGACGUUAAUAUAUUCCCGCGCAAGUUAAUGAGAUUCCUCCUACUAUUGACCGAAAAUUAUCCGGUUUUAGGAGCAUGAGGCACAUAGGAGUGCUAGUCCUUCGCAAGGUUAACCCCCAACAGAAUGUCCUAACACGCGGCGUCUCAUUUUUCUCGCUCACCCUUCCCAGCGUAGUUUUCGUCAACGUUAAACGUUCGCAUGGUCCAUUGCGCGGAAAUCAUUGAUCAUUGAUCGCCCGCAGAAGUCGCGCUUUCCAAACACUUGAGACCUUAAGGAACGAGGCAGGCUAAUACCCAUUUAUACUCCUGGCCCUAUUUGCUCAAAAGUUGGAUAGGGCUAUCCACCGGAUAAUAGCUAUCCAGUGGAUACGUAAUAGGAAAACCAAUUGCACUAUCCAUACAAUGUAUAGCGCUAUCACCUUUUGAACAACUGGGACCUGUGUGAAAAGACAGAAAUUAGAGGAACGUUUCUUCUUAAGGGAAAAACACAACAGCAAUGCUUGACCACGGAACUAUAGAUCCCAAGUCGGAAUUCUUAUCGACUACACCCCCACUCCCCCACGAUAACCAGUUACCACAGUAAAUUUUUGUGUCGUCAUGUUUUUGUUUUGUUUUCAGGUUUGUCAAAAACAGCUGAUCGCAAAGUUGCUUCUCAACCACUCGUGUUAAACCAGACGUCCUCCAGCGACACAAGGUAAUAAACAGUUUAAUUUACACCUUCAACCAAGGAGUCAACCCUAGAAUAUCAUUCGAUGUUAUCCUAUAAUUUCCAAACUUUGUCGAAACAACUUCAGUCCGGGCCAUAACCAUUUUUGGAUACUCGAUGACGCCAUCAAUAAUGGCUUCUGGUGCUGACUUUGUCAGAACUCAUUUUCAUCUCUUAUUUAAGCCUUAGCGGAUUUAGUUCUCAGUUAUAUUCAAGGAAACCUUGUGAAAUUAGAGGCAAAGAGUGACUACAUACAACAACCGAAUAGGUGAUAGUUUCAGUCGUGAUUGGAGAUAGAAAUUCUGUGAAAAAGUCGAGCAAAGGAGCUUUCUGCGAGGGCGCUGAUUAAGGAGUCGCCUCUCUUAAGUUACCGUUUUCAGGUAUGUAGCAUCAUUUUGGUUUCAGCAAAAAAAAUAUUUUCAAAACCUACAAUUAAUUUUCUUCUGAUUUUUCUUAAAGUUCCUGUCGAGUGCCCAAGACUUAAAUUCGAGUGCCCGGACGUUAUGGAACAAACUAGGCACUGACUCCCUUUGUUCAUAGCUGUCGGAGAGUUGUGUAAUCCUUACUUUGGGACUGUUUUUUUUUGUGAGGCGUUUCAAAAUUUUUGUUAUUUUUUUGAAUUUAAAAUCCAGAUAACAUGGCCUGGUAUUCUGUAGUUUUGAAAACUGCAUUUAUAACACUGUAGCUUUCAUGUACGCUCGUGAUGUUAAGAUUCCAGGCAUGAAAGAAUGAACUGCACAUUCAAUAACACUUUUCUGGUUUAUUACCGAAGUUUGUUUCGGCGAUUGCCGCAAAUAACUGCCAUCAAAAAAAUGUUUAACUCUUACUCAUUUCUAGUAUCUCUCUGCCAAGUUUAUUUUGUUUUGGUUUUGACCUCAACCAAUCACAAGGCACGAAACUGAUAUCCAGAAAUGGUCAUGGCCUGGACCAGUUUUUUGUCCACGGCAUUUCCCCCUUUUUGUCGCGGCACAAUCUACUUUAAAAAAAAAUGAGCUACGUUUUUACCCCCACUACCCCCUAAACAAUGUUGUACCGCUGCUUAAAAAAACAUGAAUACCCGAAGAAAGCUGCAAACAAAGCAACCUUAGUUGGCGAUGGGGCGUUGGGAGGGGCCCGGGUUUUUUCCCCAAAUAUACUUUAAUUUCUCAAUAGUGUCUCAAUGUUGCAACCUAUUGUAGCUGUUGGUUAUAAAACGUGACCCGGAUUCAAACGACAUGGGCAACGAGUGGUACUGUACUCGAUCGAGUACUUUUCGUUAUACUUCAUAUGACAGAUUUAUAACUCUCUGGUUGUAUGCUGGAGAAGCAACCAGUGACUAUUAGAAAUGAAUGUUACAGAGCAGCGCUUUUGUGCGACCCUGUCAGAUUUGAACUUAUGAGGGGCGACAUGUAGACUUGCUACAAGUCGAUCUCUCGUAGUUCUCACCUAGUUCACACCUUAGCGAGCGUAGUGAGCGAACAAAAGCAAACGAAGCGAGCUUCAACGAGGUAAGGCAUAACCGACCAGAAAAAAAAAAAAUUAAAAGGACUUUUAGAAAGACUAGGCGACAUGCUGUUCUUCACUGUUACUUAUCGAAAGAAACCCUUUAUUUUAUGUAAUAAAAAUGAUAUACUUAUUCCUCUUAAUUAGUUCCAAAACUCGUCAGUACAACAUGAGGAAGCUGACAGAACUACCCACAGCUCUCAUUGGCGCAGAACGAUGGCAACUGUUUUUGGAGUCUGUCUGCUGUAUUCCGUUUAUAGAGGUAAGCUAUAUAUGGGGUAACCCUUACAUGUUUUGGGAUGAGGGUGAAAGGCUCCCAUGUUGAAGCCACGAACCAUGUUCUUCGAUACAUAAUGAGGCUAUUUUUCCCAAGAGUCGUUUCCAUUUAACACAUUAAAAUACUUAAAAUUAUAGUGAGGUCAGACAUUUCCCCGUAAUGACCGAACGGACGAGGUUAACAAGUUAAUUAUUAUAUGGCCUUUUCAUUCUUCACCUGAGCUUGCGAUCCAUUAAAACCAACACAUGGUCCGCGGAUAACAUUAAAAAACACGUCACUUUAACGAUUUGUAUACUUGAGCCCUAGAUACAUUAAGGUGGCACUGGUCAGUGGAGGCUCUUUUUUACAGCCGUCAAUUGGCCAUAACAUGGAUGUCCAUAAGGAUGCCCACUAUCAAGUUAAACACAGAUUGUAUUUGCCUUGGACACCUUGCUAGUAAUGCCCGGUCAUUACAAGAAAAGAGCCAAUCAGUGCGCACGUGCUAUUGUAGCCAUAUAAUAAAACGAUAUAACGAAGGGCUAAGGGACUGGCAAAAUUUGUUCGCUAUACCGAGGUUUCGUUAUGUCGGGGUUUUUUUUUUAUAUAUUUUACCUCUUUUUCAGGCAAAGUGUAAUAUUGGUCUAGUUUACGAGCUCAUAAACGAAAUAAAACAGGCUUCAAGCCUCGCGAGGUCACGUGGGAACCAACAAGCAGCCUUGAGUUUUAAAGAGUUUGCGCAGAUGUUAAGUGAAAAUGUUCAAGUUCUAGAUCAGUACCCAGAAUGCACCUUACAGCAAUCUGCUAAUUUUCCUGACUCAAGCGCACCGGCAAAGGCGGCUCAGGUAAACAAUGUAGUCUUCUUACGAAUUCAUUCAAUCAUGUUAUGUUCGCCCUGCAUAAGGAAAUUCAAUACUGUUGGACUCUGGAAACCACGCCAUGGAUUCUAGAUUCUAGCUGCUAGAUCCUGCAUUCCUUGUCGGUGGAACUUGAUUCUGGAUUCCAAUGUUUAGUGGGAUUCCGGAUUUCUUGAACUGAAUUCAGGAUUCCAAAAGCCAAAAUAUGCUGGCGAUUGGCUGUUCAUUCGCCCGGUUUCCGUAACAAGUUAGCUGAGUCGAACUUGAAAAGUGAAAACUUCAAGGAAGAGUACAUUACUCUCAACCCAUCAAAACAAAUAAUACAAUCAAAGAAACACACAGAUGUAUUCUAGGAACCUUUUCUUUCUACUUCCAGACCUAUAUAGCCUCUCUGACUAACAAGCCGCAUUGGUUAUGUCACGUGAACAAACCUCAGGAGUUGAGCGCCAAGGUGCUGUCUUUAAACUGGGGUAGAUUCUCUGGAUCUCAGUGUAUUGUUUUCUCACCCGAUGGCCGCCAUCUUUGUUGUGGCACAAAAUCCGAGACUGGUCGCACGUAUUACUUGACCCUAUGGGACGUCGAAACAGGCAAGUGCCAUGUUUGGUUUGCGAUUGUGUAUUAAACACCAGAGGGGGUGUUUCAUUAAAUAUUCAAACACAGAGAAGUAAGUUCAAUAAACGACAUGAGCAGAGUUUCUUUAAGACCGACUUUGAGGUGUCGCGAGAGAGGGUGGCUUGACAAGGACAUUACGGCCAUCGGCUCCAACUAAUGUGGGUAUCCAGGAAUCCCUUCUUUACACAACACACGAAAGGUGGACUACGCUACCGGGCUGUAGGUCCCUUUUACGAUUUGAGUAGCAGUAUGGGUCCUUUCAACUCCCCUUUCGACAAUGAAAUAUGCAGGCUGAGACAAGACCAACGGCUUAAUCCUUUAAGUAUUUUUCUCUUGGCAAUAUCAGUACACACUGAGUAUUUAUAAAAUGAUCACCAAUAGGAAAAUGCCUUGGUCUUUUAUCAAAUUCUCUCCACUAAUUCUUGGGGCUUGAAGGGGUUAACACAUGUGCCCAAUAACUCGAUCGUCUAAACUGUGAAAAAGGUCUUAAUCAAAGCCAACUUGUUUCGUGCAACUGGAAACAUUAGUAACUUUUCCAAUGUCAUAUUUUUCAGGAGCACUGUUGAUGACAGUUCCUAGUGAGAAUAAAAGUUAUUUCCGAGUGUUGUAUUCGCCCGACGGAAGUCACGUUGCCUGUGGGAUGAGUAAGGCGGAAGUCAGAAUACUGGACAGUACCACUGGAGCACAGGUAGGGCGCUGCUGCAUNACUACGCUACCGGGCUGUAGGUCCCUUUUACGAUUUGAGUAGCAGUAUGGGUCCUUUCAACUCCCCUUUCGACAAUGAAAUAUGCAGGCUGAGACAAGACCAACGGCUUAAUCCUUUAAGUAUUUUUCUCUUGGCAAUAUCAGUACACACUGAGUAUUUAUAAAAUGAUCACCAAUAGGAAAAUGCCUUGGUCUUUUAUCAAAUUCUCUCCACUAAUUCUUGGGGCUUGAAGGGGUUAACACAUGUGCCCAAUAACUCGAUCGUCUAAACUGUGAAAAAGGUCUUAAUCAAAGCCAACUUGUUUCGUGCAACUGGAAACAUUAGUAACUUUUCCAAUGUCAUAUUUUUCAGGAGCACUGUUGAUGACAGUUCCUAGUGAGAAUAAAAGUUAUUUCCGAGUGUUGUAUUCGCCCGACGGAAGUCACGUUGCCUGUGGGAUGAGUAAGGCGGAAGUCAGAAUACUGGACAGUACCACUGGAGCACAGGUAGGGCGCUGCUGCAUCUGUUAGUCCGCGAAUAUUGCACUGGCCACCGCGGAGAGAAAACAAAGUUCGAAAACAAGUCGGAAACGUUGAGGAUAAUCUCAAGGCUAUUCCAGCGAUGCAAUAUCCACCUCUCUCCGCCGCUGAAUUCUGUUUAUGCAUUUAUAUGUAAUGUGUUUAUGUCUCUCUUUUGCCACCAUAUGCUCUAAAACUUGUACAUACGGAGUCGCACAAGGACAGUUAGUGGAAGUAGGUACGUCUUCAGACGUUCUAGAGUCACUCGAUGAAAACUCCCUUCUCUGAGACAGUGUCCGCCGACCGUCUCGAAAUUAGGCUAAGUAGAACAAGUAGCCUGUUCCCAGCUUUGUUCAGGGCGUUCAGAUAGUAGGGAGCGGCGAGAAGUAAAGGAAGCGAUGAAAAAUGGUGGACUUAGCGACAGCCGUGGAUGAACGUAUUUCCUUACUAUCGGAACGCCAGCAACAAGGUCUGGACGCCUGGAACGGGGUCUGGAAAGAGGAAAGAUAAGAAAUGGCUUUCGCUUUCCCUGUCGCUGAAAACACGCUUAACAGCCUACAACUACUGAAUAAAAGUUCAGUGCCGCGUUUGUAUGACGGUUUUUAAUGUUCCUUUUAGGUUAAAAGUAUGACCAAUACAAGCAAAGAGUUUAAGAACUCCGAAGUCGUUCACAUGGAUUUCUCUCCAGAUGGAAAAUAUCUUGCUGCAGGAUACGAGUAAGUGUAAUAACUAGUAAGCGUCUAAUAAGUGUAGCACAGCCUUACAAACAAGUGAUUUCCCGGCCGCGGUAGACGUUUGUAGCCUGGUGUGUUCGUUGUCCUAUCUUGAAUGACUCAUGAGAACUUUUUCCGUUCAAAUUUCAUUCUAUUGACAUCUAUAUGAACGCAUUCAGGCAAAUGAAAAAUUCUUUGAGAGGGACUCGCGGCCUGAAGUGAGGCAAAAUGGGCAUAAAACGCUACCGGUAGACAGCAAAGCACAACAGGUCCAUUUCUGUGAAAAACCCAGAAUUGAUGUUUUUGUGUGUGCGUUAUACCAUUCGGCUAUUUGAUCACUUUCACUCUGUAAGAAAUAUUUUGCUCACGUUUAUUGUUUCCUUCAAAUAUCUAGAAAUCGCCACAUUGUGAUCUGGGAUGUUGAAAACUGUGAGGUGGUCCAUUCAUUGGUAAACGAAGACAGUUCCUCUAAGUGGUAGGUCAGAAAAAUGGGCUAUGACAUGUUUCUUUACCAUGGUCAACUACGGUUGAUCCCUAAUUAUGUCAGAGCAGUUUGACCGUGGUCAGCCUUAGUUCAAUUUAACGUUCACGGUAGACCAUGGCUGGAAAUCUUAGCCUCGUACCCAGGCCAGUUCGCGCUAUCCGAGUUACCAGAGGAGGCUUGGAACCGAGCGCGAUUGCGAAUUUUUUGUUAGUGAAUUUUACCGACAAGCUUGACAGGUGACGUCACAUCCGAAAUCGCCGAGGACGACUGGAGACGAGGCUGUGGAAAUCUAUCUAUCCAAGGUCCUCUCGCCGGGGAACAAGACUGUAUGGUUUAAUUACUAGCUGUACGCUGAGUUUUAUUGGAUGCCAUGAAGAAAACAGUUAUUAAAAGAACUGGAAAGCCGUUGACUAUUGUUAGAUAAAUAAAGUUUCAAAAGAAACUGUAGUGCUACGCUGGUGAGGGAGUUAAACAUAAAAAAGGUUUUAUCUAAGCAGUCAAUGAAGAUGAAUUCCCACUGUAAAAAAUUAAAGAGCUUAGGUCAAGAACGAAUGAAGGGAUUGUAGGUUGUGUGUGGAUUUUAAUCAAACUUAGAGGUGGAGCUACAGAAUAUGUUAAAUCACACAAGCCUUUACACUCUUCCAAGUUCUCUAAAAGGAAUUGAAAAGCUUGAUCCAGGUGGGGUUGAUGAUUUUUUUAACCUUUUUGAUAGCCACGAAAGCAAGAUCACUUCACUUCGGUACACACCAAACGGACGUUACUUGUGGUCCGUAGAGGAGAAAGGAAUACACAAGACAUGGGACGCGCAGUCUAAUUACCAAUGUCUAGCUAAAGGAACUUGUUUAGCAAAAUGGUAAGUUGUUUGCACGUUAUCUGAGAAGGUUUGUUUGGUGAAUCCAAAAGCUCAAAAAUAGGCAUGUAAUAAGUGUAUAGAAACUGGCUCGUAACAAGUGCAUGGACCUAUAACGCGUUUUUGUCCCGGAAGGACUACUGAACAAAGGUUUAUACGGGGAGGCUCCGCCCCGACGUCCAUCCCUUUACCCCCUUAUAUCGUACUAUUUUUGACAGAAAGGGCACAUACCUAAUUCAGAAAUUUCUAUCCCUUUUAACUGCUGUAAAUGUACUGUCCUUAAAAUAUGAAUAAAUCAUUAAACCACAAAACCAGAACGUUUUCUCGACUUAGUGACAGCCAUAAAAGGCAUCUGUCAGCCCUUUUUGGCCUUUUCACAGACCUAAAUGACAGAUUUCCUACCCUUUCGUAUACUUCAACAAGUAAAAUCCCCCACCUUUUCAUAAACCUGAAGCCUGAAAACGGUAACCCUUCCGGGCGGAGCCUUCCCCUGUGGACCAUUAUAGGGACAACUCCCCGGGGGGUUGUGAAAAAAAAAGCUAUCAAGGCUUCUAGGCAGAAUUGAUGUUAUGUCCUUUAAUGCCAUGAUCAGAUGUCUCUAAAGGUGGCCACAGACAGGGUUUUAUUUCGUCCGGCUCAGCAGUACUUUUGCCUCCUGAUUGGAACUUAGAACACCAUUUAGGUUUGAGGUCGUUCUUAGCCCUUUUCGAUUAUUUCUUUAUUAUUAUUUUUUGAUUACUUACAUGACUUGAUUCAUACAGGUAUGAUGACGACGAAGGAGAUAAAUUAGAAGGAGAGAUUCCUGGGGGAAUAUUUACAGGGCAUUAUGAAAUGGAAUUUCCAGAAGGUAGCCCCAAAUUCAAUAAUGUAAUGACGUAAAAUAGGAAAUUAGUUAAGAAUCUUGCUGUGUAUAUCUUGUUGCAGCAGUUGAGGAUUAGCCAAGUUUACCAUGAAUACCCUGGUUAACCACGCUUUUUGCAUGUAUGGUAAAGCCUGGUAAGCCUGUUUUGACAACCAGAAAGGUUGGGAUGGUUGAACCAGGCUUGAACCCUGGUAAACCUUGGUUUAACCAGGCUUUUGAUUCACGGGAAUGUGCUAGGCUAAGUAACCCUAAACUCUAGGUGACACAUAUAAAAAGUGUGAUGAACUGCAACGCGUUCCUAAACUUAGAUAUGUAAAAUUUCCGACUAAAGUCAAUUUGGAAGCUUUGCAUGGUUGUGAAGUACCCAGACUAUUACACGUUCUUGUCAUAAGUUUAUACUUUCCCCCUUUUUUCCUUUUCGCUAACGCGGUUGAACCAGGAUAUCGGGACAGAAAUAUUUGAUCACUCAAAUGUGGUAAAGCUCCGGCCAGGCAGCUAUCCCUUCUUGAGUUGUGCCAAUCGAUCCAGGUUUUACAAGAGUUCAAACAGAGUCAUACAAUUUCUUGCAUUCGUCUUCACAGUUUUCAUUUUGUUUUCUUUAAAUUAUUUGCCUCUUUUUGAUGUUUAAAGUACAGUGUAAGAUUUGAUCAAUUCUUGUCUCCAGGUAACAGCGGAGAUGCCAGUUUUCCCAUACGAUUUUGGGACGAUGGAACCCUCAGCGGUGAAGGUUCAGAUAAAGAUGGCGACUAUACUAUAAAGGGUAGGUUAAAAUGGCAUCAUGAUCGAAAAAUGUAUUGGAACUUACUUGAGACGCUGUUUCUUGAUCUGAGCACAAUGAAUCACAAGUUUUUGUCUUAUAGAGAGUUCUCAAAUGACGUCACGUUGUUUUGGUGUCCCAACACGAUGAAACGGCGGCCAUGUUGGUGUCCCAAACCAAUUCUGUGGGAGUUGAAACUUUUCUUAUGUAAAAAACUUUCUUUUGUUCUAAUAAAUUUACAAAACUGAUGGUCAGGUGAGCAAAACCGCUCUGUAGCCUUAUUCAUCCUGGAUUAGUCCUGAGAAAUGAUCUUUUUAACAAAAAGAAAAUAAUUUUCUACCCUCUAAACUCUUUUUUGGACUUUUUGACGUCAUUUCUAUGGUCUACUAAGUAUUUAUUUAAAAAAGACAAACAUUUUGCAUGGUCUUUACCCUAUAGACCACAGAAAUGAUGACAAAUGAAAAUGUUCAUAACUCAAGUUCGGCUCUUGUUUCCACCGCAAAGUUUUGGACAGUUUUGCUUCCACUUCUUUCUAAGGAGCCAAGACAAUUUUUAUUGUGAUCGUUGGAGGUAAAACCAAAGUAUUUAAAAAUCGAUAAGUUUGGACUGCCUUAAAAGCCGCCUCCUAAUUGAGACUGAGUCUCUACAAGACUGUAGGUACUUCCUUUCUAUUUGUAGGCACUUACGAUUUAGCCAGUGGUACGAUGAAGCUUGUUCAGGAGCAGUACAUUGCUUCAGCAGAGUAUGACUUGCAGUUCGAGUUUACUCCAAACACUGAAGCUGCUGACGGAACAUGUAAGCAAAGGAUUAACUGAAACCAAUAUAUUUCCUUUUCUUUUGGGAGCAAAAACACCCGAGGGGUUGGCACUAGUGUUGAUAUAUGUUAGGUGUGCACCGCGAGGAUUCUUAAAGGGGCUCUGUCACGACUCUCUAGUUCGUAAUGGUAACAGGACUGAGUGGAGUGUAAUUCGGCCUGCUACGUGAGAAAUUUCUGCUAUUUGAUUGGCUUAGAGCAGUGGUAUUUCAGCGUAAUUUGAAAUACCUACAUGUGAAAAUAACAAACUUUUUGAGGGUAGUAGUAAAAACAAAUAAUAGCAUUAUUUGUAUGUGAUAUUUGGCAUACAUACUCCUCGUGAUAUUUCAAAAUUGGCUCAAAUUUAUGUAUAACAAUUUCGAAAUAUCACUCUUGAUAUUUAUGCCAAAUAUCACUACAAAUCAUGCUAUUACCUAUACUAAUUAUACGAGUGAUUAACAAUUUGAGCUAAUUUGUUUUGCGUUUUGUUUAAUCACGAGUGUGAUUACAGACCGAAUUGGACGACACGAAGUUCUGUUACCAAUUAAUCAUAACUAUAACAAAAUUUGUGANUCAUGAUCGAAAAAUGUAUUGGAACUUACUUGAGACGCUGUUUCUUGAUCUGAGCACAAUGAAUCACAAGUUUUUGUCUUAUAGAGAGUUCUCAAAUGACGUCACGUUGUUUUGGUGUCCCAACACGAUGAAACGGCGGCCAUGUUGGUGUCCCAAACCAAUUCUGUGGGAGUUGAAACUUUUCUUAUGUAAAAAACUUUCUUUUGUUCUAAUAAAUUUACAAAACUGAUGGUCAGGUGAGCAAAACCGCUCUGUAGCCUUAUUCAUCCUGGAUUAGUCCUGAGAAAUGAUCUUUUUAACAAAAAGAAAAUAAUUUUCUACCCUCUAAACUCUUUUUUGGACUUUUUGACGUCAUUUCUAUGGUCUACUAAGUAUUUAUUUAAAAAAGACAAACAUUUUGCAUGGUCUUUACCCUAUAGACCACAGAAAUGAUGACAAAUGAAAAUGUUCAUAACUCAAGUUCGGCUCUUGUUUCCACCGCAAAGUUUUGGACAGUUUUGCUUCCACUUCUUUCUAAGGAGCCAAGACAAUUUUUAUUGUGAUCGUUGGAGGUAAAACCAAAGUAUUUAAAAAUCGAUAAGUUUGGACUGCCUUAAAAGCCGCCUCCUAAUUGAGACUGAGUCUCUACAAGACUGUAGGUACUUCCUUUCUAUUUGUAGGCACUUACGAUUUAGCCAGUGGUACGAUGAAGCUUGUUCAGGAGCAGUACAUUGCUUCAGCAGAGUAUGACUUGCAGUUCGAGUUUACUCCAAACACUGAAGCUGCUGACGGAACAUGUAAGCAAAGGAUUAACUGAAACCAAUAUAUUUCCUUUUCUUUUGGGAGCAAAAACACCCGAGGGGUUGGCACUAGUGUUGAUAUAUGUUAGGUGUGCACCGCGAGGAUUCUUAAAGGGGCUCUGUCACGACUCUCUAGUUCGUAAUGGUAACAGGACUGAGUGGAGUGUAAUUCGGCCUGCUACGUGAGAAAUUUCUGCUAUUUGAUUGGCUUAGAGCAGUGGUAUUUCAGCGUAAUUUGAAAUACCUACAUGUGAAAAUAACAAACUUUUUGAGGGUAGUAGUAAAAACAAAUAAUAGCAUUAUUUGUAUGUGAUAUUUGGCAUACAUACUCCUCGUGAUAUUUCAAAAUUGGCUCAAAUUUAUGUAUAACAAUUUCGAAAUAUCACUCUUGAUAUUUAUGCCAAAUAUCACUACAAAUCAUGCUAUUACCUAUACUAAUUAUACGAGUGAUUAACAAUUUGAGCUAAUUUGUUUUGCGUUUUGUUUAAUCACGAGUGUGAUUACAGACCGAAUUGGACGACACGAAGUUCUGUUACCAAUUAAUCAUAACUAUAACAAAAUUUGUGAUAUUAUAGGUAUUUUUAAAUUAAAACAAAAAAUUCCGAGAGUUUUUGCUGGCAGAGAAAAAAGCCAUUUGAGUGCGCACGUGCGAUGGUGCGUACUGUCCAAUCACCUAGGCAUGACGCGGACUGUCCUAUUUCACUGUCCUAUUAAGGUGAUGUUAGACGAGACGAUUCGCAACGACCAUUUUUAGCGCAGCAAAGCGUUGCAUCAUUGUUGCGACAUUGUUUCCAAUGGCUGCAAUGGUGGCGAAUCGCCCCGUGUAAAUUCAUCCGUAUUGCUGAAAUCAGGACAGUUGAUAGCCAAUCAGAUUUGAGAGUUUUGCUAUAGUUAUGAUUAAAUUUGUUAUUAAUGCCAAUUGCACGUCUUUAUUCGCUAUGGAACUUGAGAAAUUACUUGUGAAUGGCAAAAUUAGAGCUUUGCGUCAAACAAAGUAUCCCCAAAGGUUUGAAUCCUAUUACUUUAUUUUUCACAGGCUUCUUUUCGCUGUUGGGUGAUUUGCUCAUAUAACUGCGAUGAUCACUGAUCUGUUCAGUGACCCAUCUGUUCUAUUAAAUAAAGACUUUUUUGCAAUCUAAUUACAAAUAUUGACAAAUAGAGGAGCGAUUAGGCGAACUGUUAUUAUUCUCCGUUUCUUUUUGGAUAUCAGGCCACAUAUGGGGAAAAUAUGUGAUUCCUACGUGGGCAGGAACGUAUAAAGGAACAAUUGACAUGACGCUAACGGAACCAUACCCGUAAGUACAACAAAUCUGUACUUCUUCACUCAGUUUUUCUUUCUAAAACAGUUUGUGGCUAGAUAACCAUUACUUAAUUUCUGUUAUAUUGUUACGGGUUUCUCAAAUUCGACCAACCUGUUUCUCAAUAUCCCGUGCCGUGACCCUUUUCUAAAUAACCCGUUGGCCGUUUCUCAAUUUCCGGUUAUGCCGUUACUCGUUCCUAACCACCCGGUUCUAAUAUCCGUAUUUCGUCACAUGUAAGGUAAUCCAAGAUAUAGCCUGUGUACAGCUCCCCCCCUCCCCCCUCCUCCUCCUCCCCUCAGGAAAAAUCGGAGAUAUUCGGAGAUUUUUUUCCUAAGGGGAGGAGGCGGAGAUUUUCUAUACACAGGCUAUCCAAGAUAGUCUUGGGUUGUGGAUUUCAGUUACUGAAUUCCGGAUUCUUUUUCAGUGGAACUUGGAUUCUAGUUUCCAAUCGUUAGAGGUAUUCUGGAUUCCUUGAACUGAACUCCCAGGGUUCCGGACUCCACAAGCAAAAAUUUGCCGAAUUUCGGAAUCUGAAUUAGCGCCAUUUAGUAUUGUCUAAUUCCUUUACAGGGAAGAUCCAAAAGAAGAAGGAAAUCUCAACAGAGCCAGGAGUGGUGAUGUGUCAGGGGAUUCUCGUCUUGCAGUAACGGCCAAUGAUGACUGUACUCUAAAAAUAUACAGUCUUCAGGGUAAGAACACCGCAGUUCUUUGGAGAUAGGAGCCCCGUUCUUCGUGUUCACUGCGUUAGACAUUAACUUUACAUGGAGGUGACACUAAAGCCAUGGAGAUUGCCGCGUUGGAAUUUUCGCACGACGGAAGCAAACUAGCUGCUGUCAUAGAUAAUUGCGACUAUGUCCAAGUAUUAGAAACAGAGAGUGGAAAACUUCUAACCAGCAUAAAGGUUUGUUAUAAAAGUGAUCGAACAGAAAACAAUGAACAAAAAGACAAAGGAAAUCUACCAUUGAUGCAAUUUUGCAAAUUUAUAAUUUUUAAAUCGUAAAUUUCUUGAAGAGUUUUUGCGCAUUUGAUAAACUACAUAAAACACUCGACAAAGUGUUUGAUCUUAGAUCCAGCUACAGUCGAACCUUCUUUAUUCGGGCAACAGAAAACCAGAGCCACUUGCUUACAUUAUUGAGGUGACCGUAUUUUAUGAGGUAGGAAAUAUAUGAAGUGUGACAUCUUCGGGACAAACAGAAGUGUCUGUUUAGAGAGGUGUUUGUCAUAAGACGACUGUGCUUCGAAGUUGGUUUAAAAAUAAUAGCCUGUGCCUCUUUUUUUUUUACGUACGUAUCGCUGUUUGGGAAUUGAAUGACGCCCUUUGUCUCGUAGUACACAAGUUUCGGGCAACCUCCUUCCAGGCUAGUAGGAGAGAGCCCUGGGAACAAGGAUGAAGUUUCGGGCCGACCUCAAUCGAAAAUGAUAAUUUAAACAACUUUGGCUUAAGUAAGAAACAAUCGACUUAUUUUUCAUUUCUUUUCUCUCCUCUUAGUUCUACACAAGUAGAGAUAAUUGUUGCUUUUCGCCCGACGAUUCACAACUGCUAGUCUCUAAGGGAAGAAAUCUGGUCGUGUUCAAUGUUGAGAACGGCAAAGAAGUCGACAGAUUCAAGAAUAUUUAUGGCUAUGAGACCGGUAGGGCCUGCUUCAGUCCACAAGGUAAGGCUGCUACCUCGUACCCUAACCCUCUCGUUUUUCUCCUCCCCAUAGUUCCUUGCACUUCACCACCAGUCAACCGCGUGUAACUCGCGUUUCGCCCGCGCGUCUGUGCGAGAAAUGAAACGCCUGAGGUCGAGGAGGCAGAUAAGGCUCCGAUUAUUUAACAUGGCAACUAAUCAAUGAGAAAGGAGUUCCUGAGUUCCUUAUUUUUCCCAAACACUCUCUUUAAGCAGACGUGAGUUCGCCAUUGCAUCACUAUUGCAGAAUAUGUUUGCUUUAAAUUAUGCAUGUAAUAGAGGGAGCACUCACUGCGGACCUUUUUUCACCCAGGACAACUGGCAGUACAGGGUUUAGACCAGAGGUAUGCACGGAGUAAAAUCAAGAUCUUUACUUAUCCAGAUAAGCAGCUUGUUCAACAGUUUGAUGAUCUGAGUGACAAUAACACCUUUAUUCCCUGCGUGAGUAAUCUUCCUUAUAUCUUAUCUUUCCUUCUUUAAUACAUGCGCAAUAAGUAAAGAAUGAAAUUUUUAUCGUUUUGAUAUAAGGCAUAAGAGUUACUUUGAUUACUGAAAAAAAUUCCCGUAUGCUGAUUCUGAGUUUAGGAUUUGAAUAGACAAUGACACCUUUAUUUGAAGAAAAAAAGACAAUGUUUUAGUUCUUCCAAUUUUUUAGGUCUUUCUUGUACUUAAGUUGGGAAUGCAAACUUUCCAUGAAGGAUCAAGUUCACUUUUUACAAUAACUGAGGAAGUUCCCUUGUGCUUAUUGAUUGAAAGCUUUUUCUUUUGUUUCACUUCUCAGGUGUUCUUUUCGAAAGAUGGCUUCAAGCUUUAUUCCGUUGGCAGCGAAAAGCAAAACAAUUUCAUUGUAGUUCUCUGCAUGAAAACCGGUAGCGUUCUACAGACUAUCAAACCUCCAACAGGGUUUGGUCGCUUCUGUCUUGAUGUAAGCGGCACCAAAUGCAUCAUUGGUAAGCCUCUUGAUUUAGAAGAACAUUCAAACCCCUCAACACUACAACGGGCAUCCUCUGACAGAUAGUUUUUAUGGUUGUCAGAGAAUGCUGACCUUUCAGGAUGUUUCAACAUUAUUUUAGAAUUUUUUCCUCUUCGCUUUGAGCUUGAGGAUCAGUUUAGCGUAUUUAGCGUUUUUUUUUUGAGUUUCAACAACAGCAUCUGAGGGAAUAGGCCAUUUUCAUGAUGACGUCAUUUUACUACCACGACCAGAAUCCUUCAGGGCUUUGCUUUCUUGUACAAAUUAAGACUUUUGUUAUUCAAACCUCGCUAGGAUUACCAAAUUUGAAUAUGAAAGGAAAAACGAAAAGGAUUCUGGUCGUAGUAAUAAAAUGAAGCCAUCAUGCAAAUGGCUUAUAGGUGCGAUUACCAAGCGCUGCCUGAGAAUUGCACUUCCACUUCUCCCCCCAAAGUAAGGACUCUGGUUAUUGAACGACUGGAAUUUAAUGGAGUAUAUUGGACAUUUUUGCCGAAGGUACGAGAGGAUCGAAGACCGAACUCUAGAAAACGGCGGAGAUCGAGCCAAGCCAGGGAAGUGAUGAAAAGACAAAAAAGGCCUGACCAUUUUGAAUUGGGGGUCGUCAGUGAAACUUAACCUCCAAGUGUUCAUAAUUACAAAACGUUAGUCACGUUAUUAUUUAUGAAUUUAUUUCAGGGUCCUGGGAUGGAAAUGUUUCUGUCUUUGAGCUGGAAACCGGAAAGAACCUGCUAGAAAUAAAGCCCCAAAGCUGGAGAAUUAACGGUAAGAAAACAGCAAGCCAGUUAUACUUCAGCAAACUGACGCACCGGGAACAGUUGCUGUUCUAGAAACGUUGAUUAUUUUUUACGCUGAAUAACAAAGAACACUGCCAGACCCACCUGAAAAGGAAGGAUUGGAAGAAAUGGGGAACGCCAAGUAUGCUGCUAGCCAUUUUCUUUGCCAUUUUGCGUUGAAAAAGGGAGAGAGUAAGCGACUAGAAGAAAUAUCUGAAAUUCAGGCCAUUCGGUUGUGACUUGGAGUCAACCACCUUAAUUUGUGAAACAAUUUUAUUUAGUGCGUGCCCAUGCCUUAAGCGUUUUUUCAAGGCUAAUAACUGCUUUUGAGGAUAAACGACCAUCGUGAAAUCAUGCGAGAGACUGAACUGGUGUUGUAUCGCAUUGCACUAUGAAAAAAGUAUUCUUUUUCCUUUGAAACAGCGGUUUGGGGUGAAAUUUUAAUUACCCCAGUUUCCCGCGCGGUCUUGAAAAUAGUAGAAGCGAUAAAGCGAUAGGCAAUAGGCAGCUGAAUAGGAGAAGCGUUGGAGCUCUCUACGAUUAUCCUACAUUUCAGUUUGAUACAAGACCAACCCAGUUUCGCGUGCAUCUACCUCUAUUGUAAUUUCAUAGUUAAAAUGGGUAAUAUCUUUUUCUGAAAACAUGUGAACAUAAGGAUGACCUACUCUCUUUACAAUUACUAACGUAAUUUUUCCUUUGUUUGUCAUUCAAGGUAUCAGUAGUUUUCAAAUAGAUGGCCAGGAUUUCGUAAUCAGUGGUUGCGAGGAUCGAAGUUUCAAAAUCCUGGACAUGAAGACCGGUAUGUCCUUUCUUUCGCAAUUUUUGUAAACGGUUAUAUGAUAAUGGACCGUCAAAUAUCACUGUGCAGGGAUUAAUAAGGACUGUGUCGCGCGCGAAUAGUCAGCGUGUCGUAAUUGUUGCUGUCGACGAGUACUAACAUUUUAACAAUUUUACUUAUUAAGAUUUUUGUCACAAGGACGAGAACAGGCCUCUACAUAAUAGGCUCUUCCAAGACCAGUUAACGAAUAUCCAUUGACACCGCUGGAAAGAACGCCUUAAAAUUAGGAAACUUACCAAAUUUGAUAGUGACACGUUAAUAGCGAGCGACGAUAUUGCUCCACGAAGUCGCGAAAUUUUACAGACGCUUGUAUGGUGGGGGCACGAACUUGCCCUGCCCCUCCCCCCCCCUCCCCCACUACCACCAUGCAAGCGUGUAUAAAAUUAGGUGACUUUGCGGAGAUGUAUUUUCGUUAGUUUUUAACGAAUCAUGUUUAAACUUAGUAUCUUUACUAAUUUAUUGUGGCGUUCUUUUUAGCCAUGUUGACAGAUUUUCACUAACUGCUCCCAGUCAAAAGUUGGAAAAACCGUGAAAGGGUCUCGAUUUGGCAAUGAUAGGUGUUGCUUGGCAAAAUCUAAAAGAAGUUUAAAAGCGUUCAGCUUACAAAUUCAAAUCGUGUUAAAAUCUAUCUGUUACAUUUGAAUUUGUUCGGACUUUGGCAGAAAAAAAAAAAAGUUUUGUGAUUACGCUUAUGUUAAGGCUAAUCGUGGAAACAAAAUUGGUUCACAACGUUGAAAAGCAUGCAUUUGUUUGAAAUAUACAGGGUUACAGUUACCGCACAUAACGAGCCCUCGAGACGUUUCAGCGGCUGCAGCAACGACAAUACCAGGCACCGAUAGGACGUAUGUGGCCCUUGGGGACCAGGGAUCGUUUGUUCGAAUUCUACGAUGGAUGUGAAUGUUGCGUUUGUGUGAUGCAACAUCAUUUACAAGAUCGACCUUGUAAUCUGCCUGUUUGGACACUGAAUGACGUGCAUACACAAAGCAUCAUCUGGAAAAGAUUCAUUCUAUCUGGAACCAAAGUCAAGGUUGGCCCUAACAAACUAUGACAAAGAGUCUUCAUCGAUCAUUUCUUCCCUCGGGUACAUAGCUUGCCAAAAUGCACUGGAAAUCGUUCAGAGGAUAUACUUUACACAGAGAGAAAGAAAACCUGGAAAGUUUCAAGGAUUUUGGUAUAAACAUGAUAUAAACACUUGCCCUCGCCGACAUGCUCCCAAGUCAAUCACCUUGAAACUCCGUCCUUCUACUUUUGGUAGCAAAAUGUAAAUUUCCCAGAAACCGUUUUGGUCGUUAGCCAUACAAUGAGGUAUCUCAAAUAUAGGUGAGAAUUUCUGGCGAUUCAAGUUUAAAAGCAAUGUCACAAAAAGGAUAAAAGUCAGGACGCUUCAAAUAUAUAUAUAUUUUUGCGGACCAAAAAACUCCUCUGAGAUUGAACGUAAAUUAUGGUUGAUAUCAAACUUAACUUUUCAUCCAUGUCACUCGCAGCACUUAAAUUCAAUCCAUUCAUUGUCAUUAAUAAAUACUAGGUCGAACCAAUAGUGUGUCGGAUAAAUCGGUCAGUUAAGGAACACUCUAAAAUUGAAGUGGUAAAAGCCAUCAUUCAUAACUUUUGGAGAGCCUUUCCCUGCCCCCAGUGGAGCAUUGCUGAAUAACACGUCAUUUUAAGGUCAUUCCUCUGAAAUGGGAGCUACACUGAGUUUUUUUUAAACUUGCCUUAUGUGAAAUUCAAAACAUGUAGAGAUAGUAGAGAUAUGAUAGGUGCAAAUACCCACCUCCCUCUAAGAGUAUUUGCACCAUUUUUAGACCGACGUCUUUCUUAUGGGAACCUUUUAUUUGAAAGGUUCAGCCUGAAAUUUUUUAAAAUAGUAAAAAUAUGUUGAGAAAAUACCCGAGGUUCUAAGAGGAGGAAUAUUUAUUUUUAAAUGCUUUUUCUUUCCUAAAUCCAAAUUUGAAUUACAAAAUGUUCUACAUGGAAUCAGAGUAAAUGUAAAAUUUCGUUCCUUCAACGCAUUUCCAUUGUGAUCUAUUGUCAUCUAAAAUGGAUUCGUACUAAUUCAUUUAUGUGCAAACGAUAAUCAUUGUCUUAUCUUGUCUAUGUGUAGCUCAAAAGUUAUCGGAUUUCUGUUAUUGAAAUUUAAGAACAUUUGUAAGAACAUUUCCUUGCUGAAACUGCCCAGAAAAUAAGAACGGUCCAGUCUCAACUCGAAAAAUGGACGUUCUUAUGAAAAAUAGAGUGUAUAGUUUAAUUCUCAAUUUGUAAAACCAAAAUAUAGUCGUUUCCUUUUUUCUAUUAGAGUUGUAGCCAUAGUUACCAAACCCAAAGAAAAAAACAGUUUUUCAGAUUUUCAUCGAUGUUUUAAAAACAUUACAAAUCAAACAAGAAUUUUCAGAUCUUGGAUCUAAAUUAAAGAGAGCACAAAUUAUGACUAAAAAUGUAACCAUGUUCUACCUUGAACUUUUCAUUCAAGUGACCCCAGCGCUCAUGACAAUGCUAGUUUCGUUCGAAAGCAUUCACUUGUGUCUAACAAUCCGCUCCAGACUUCGACAGUCCGAUCCCAUCCGGUCCGAUCCAGUUUUUGUCAACUGCCCAAUAACACCUCACCGAACAACGAACAAAAGGCAAUAAAUUGAGCUCAAGUUACAAAGGUAAAGCAACAAUAAGCCCAAGUUGAGGAAAGUGGAGUUUGUUUGUACAUUUAUGCCUUUAUUUUAGCGUUUAGACAAGUGUGGUGAAUUUCCUAUGGCAAGGCCUAUAAAUAGCUAGUUAUACAAAUUAAACCAUGAGGAAAUAAAUGAGAGCACACACGUCGCACUAGUAUUAUUCAGGUCUUGGUGUUAUAAUAAUUUUAUGUGGUUCAGGUAGUUGAGUGGCAGUUACGUUGCAAAACUAGGCGAAAGCAAGGAAAGGCCGAUCUUUCGCGAAAAGACUUUACUAAAACCACCAAUGUUGGUUUCUAGUGUAACAAGAGGAAAUUCACUGUGUCAAGCGGCUUUUCGGCCUGUCAAACCAAAUUGGCAGGAAAGUUGAACUGGGAAAACAACGGAACUAAAGCUCUUCGCGAAGGCGCUAGAAUUAGCAAAUAGUGAUCUGCUAAUGAAAGUUAUUGUCGGGGGAAACUGCAAUUCGGUAGAGCAACUGGCUCGCUGCUGCACUCGUUACUACUGCCAGAGGUACAGGGUCUAAUUUCCACGUCCCAAGGUACGAAGGUUGGACAAGAACUGAGAAUUUUCUGUAAUGCUGCAACUGCUUUAUUGUAGAGUAAACCUCGUAGAUAGUACUUCACACAUAAUCGCAGGUAAUCGUGCGGGUAAUCGCAGGCUAGGUAAUCGAAUUUACAACAGUUUAAGCACUACUUUUACACAGUCUACUGUAAACACAGGUGUUCGAUUAACACAAAGGAACAAAAAACCUAUUAAAAAAAUCAACACUUUACAAUUCGAUUGGCUACAAUACUUUUCCUUUAUGGCGAAAAUACAAUACUUCCUAUUUCGGUUCCAGGACUUUUAGAAAAACACAUGUUGUAAAUCAAGCUGAAUGAAUAGAGCACAACAGUUGGCCUUGGAAAUGUAAAAUAGUUCUUGUCUAACAAAGAGACACGUACAGAAGUACACGUGUUCUAUUGAAAUUACAGAUGUUCCAAUAAUUUUACACAUGUCACUGCCUGCUAUUUUGCAUUUGAAUCAUACACAUAUUUCAGCUGCGGAGUUUCGAAAGACACAAAAGAGCCAAAACUAGAUUUGUUGAGUAGAGCAGAAUUGCUACAUUAACGUUCUGCUGAAACUGAGUUCGGUUCUAAAGAUAACAUUGGAAUAUCAGCUGUGAUACUAGGGUUUCUAGCUUCCGCUACGAAGCGUAAACCACAGCAAACAAGGGGGGACAAAGAACGUAACUACUUUAACAUUCUUUGCACGAAUUUCAAGUGUAAGAUUUGCACACCCAAGCGGAGAUUCACUCUACUGCUGAAAAAGGAGACUUAAAAAUACAGUAAAACGCUGCGAAGAAGAACCUAGCAUUUAAGAACCUCUUGGCAGAAAUUUGUCAUUUUAAUACUCCAAAAUAUAAGAACCAGUUUAGCCAAGAAAAAUCAACAUGUUCUUAUAUGUGGGUUAGACUACAUUUUCAUAAACAUUUUGACCGAAAGUCUGGCUUUAAUAUGGGAAAUUUAUAUUACAUUAUAUAAUAAAUGUAUAAUUUAUAGUUGGUAACAACUUUUGACGUAUAGAAGAUCGACAAUUGGAUCAAAACAAUCUAAAAACCAUUUAUUUACGGAUAAUACUUCCUGUUUAUGGUAAAUAUCGUUAAAGAACAUUAGUUGUUGUCAUAGCUUCUUCAAAAAAAUUAAGAACCUAAUUAAGAACCUAUUUAGCCUAAACUUCCAAUAAGUAAUCCAAACUAUGAGAAUCUAUUUUGCCAAACUUGAAAAAUUCUAGGUUCUUCUUCGCGGCGUUUUACUGUAGUAAAACUAGACCGCCGGAAGCCGAAAGGGAAACCAAACAUGACUCAGACUUAAUUUAAAACUGUUUCCGUGAAUAAAAAUUAUUAGAUGACUGUCUGAAAUUAAUUCUGCCGGAUCAAAUAUAAGUUAAAUGCUCACAAAAGAGUUACAAAAGCUAGAUUUAAGAACUAAAACAAUUCCAAACUUUCCAAAGGUUAAAAAGAAUCUCGAACUUUUACCAAUUUUUGUUGGUUUUGGAACCGGCAAUGGAUCCGGACGCCAUGCCAGCGCCGGCAGCUGGGGACCCUGCCACUGAACCAAGUAGUGCAGCAGCAACGGGAGCUGCCUUUUUGCCGAACUCUUCGACAGCUUUAAUAGCCUGUUGUGAAUAACGGCGACCGGUCUUGAGGUAAGUGGCAAACGACUCGCAGUUGUUCGUGAUUAUGUGAUAGCCUGACCAAGAACUUUGUUGUUUGACAGCAUCUUCCGCUCUCUUCAUCACUUCAUCAACAGGUAGGCACCGUUCACCAUAUUCGUAAACAACACGGUAAAGUUUUGUAUGCCCUGCGUAAAACUGUGUGAAAUCGCGUCUCUGGGGUCUGGCGUUUGCUUUGCUUUCUCCAGAAACGUCGUAGACGGCCAAAUUUUCUUUGUCGAAAAUGCCAUGGUGAAAGUAUAUGUUGUCUGUGUGCAUUGUAAACGGAACCAGAAGCGGGUGAAGGUCAGCAACGUUUCCGCAUAUGGCAAUUUGAUCGCCAGUAUUCAAAUCGUUCAAUUGGACUUCUUCAUACCGCAUAUUUUCUCACUUCGUUAGGAUCAGUGUGAUAAACUCAAGCUUGUGUAAAAUUUGUCAUUUAAAAUCGCUAUAGACAAGCCUCGAUGUAGUAGCCACCCCCAGCAGACGUUCGUAAAAGGGUUUGUUACAUGUUCCUGUCUUACUCAAAUAUCAGUUGGAGAGCACGUGCAAAUUAUCGCAGAGCCAAUUGGCGCUAAGUUAUUGUUUAGUAAAAAGCGAAUCAUAAGGUGUUUUAGAACAGGCCAUCUGGUGGGGAUCAAAUUUCCUGCGAGUUUAUUCUGCCGCUAAAUAUUUUCAUGUAUGCAAAGUUAUUCCAAAUCCUAGCCUGCAGUGCAGGCUUAUUUUGGGCGGGCGAAAGCACAGGUAACCCAGGCUCUGUGAUAGUACCAAAGUACGGUUCCAGUAAAAUUACAGUGUUUGUAUGGGGUAAAAAUACGAUCCUAAACUUUCUAGGAAAUACUAACAGCCAUUACAGGGAGGCCAAUUAUCUCCGGCUGCGAUGGUCCAACAGAAAGAAUUUCCUCUUUUGAUGAUACAUUACUGCAACCAAUACCAAAAACACAGAAGUCAUACCUUAAAGACUCCACCGACCUUAUAAAUUUUAUUGAAAACACAAAGGCGAAAAAACGAACAUUUCUUGUUUCGAUGAACGUCACAAGUCGUUACACAAAUAUACCACAGAACGAGGACAUUGAAAUUGUCUGUAAAGCAUAUGAAAACUUCUACAAAGACAACCGUCCUAUUACUACACAUUACCUGCGGGAAAUGCUUAGACUAAUCCUCAAAGAAAAUUCUUUCCAGUCCAAUGGAAAACACUACCUCCAAACCCAUGGUACUGUAAUGGGCACAAAGACAGCAGUUUCUUUUGCCAAUAUUUUCAUGGCACAUAUUGAAACAACAAUUUUAAGCCGAACAGUUUUUAAACGUACAGUUUGGAAACGCUGCAUUGACGAUAUCUUUUCCCUGUGGGACAUAAGUAAACCAGACAUCGGACAACAUCACCGGCCAACUAUCAAAUUCACGGCCGAAAUAUCUGACAUUGAGACUAUGUUUUUAGACACGGUUGUACACAAAGGCACAAGAUUCGAAGAACAAUCUAGAGGAAAAAGAAAUAUUGCCUUUCGUGACACAGUACCUGCCCUCAGUGUCUACUUUAAAAGAAGUUUUAAUGAAAAAAUGGAAUCUUAUACAAAACCAACCGUUACUUCGCCAAAUUUUUAAAAAACCACCUAUCACUUUCUACAAGAAAGGAAAAUUCCUAAAGGACAUGCUCGUUAGAGCUAAAAUAUAAAAGGUUUACACAAGGUUUCACGCUGGUAUAGAUGUGCGGCCUGUCACCCCAUGCAUUUUCUCAUGCGUCAGGUAUUUUGACUCCACUACACAACAUCAACAGACAAAACGUAAUGGCAAAUAAGUUUAUUUUGGGACGGUUUGGCGAGAACCAACCCUACAAAGUACUUAUGUAAAUACAAUAAUAGGUGAUUACUGGUGAAUACCUAAUGUACAACACUCGUAAACUAGCUUUCACAAAAAGAAAAAACUCGUGCUACAAAUGGUCGCUCUUGACCUGAAUCACCCAGUUAAGCACGCAGGCUUAGUGCCAGUUAGGCUGCCAGUUAUUCUGGGGAAACUAAUUAAUAAAACAAUGACAACAUAUAGCUGGCACAGGGAACACUGUAGGAGCACAGGGGCUAAGCAAAAAGAAAAACUGCUAUAACUGGUCGAUCUCGACCUAAAUCCCCCGAAAUAAGCACGCAGGCUUAGUGCCAGUUAGGCUGGGGAAACUAAUAAAUAAAACUCUGACAACGCAUAACUGGCACAGGGAACACGGCAGGAGCACAGAGGCUAAGCAAAAGAGAGAUUUGCUACAACUGGUCGAUCUCGACCUGAGUCCCCCAAAGAAGCACGCAGGCUUAGUGCCAGUUAGGCUGCCAGUUAGGCUGGGGAAAUUUAAUAAAACUCUGAACAACGGAUAACUGCUGGGACCGGGAACACUUCAGGAGCACAGAGGCUGAGUGCCAGGAAAACUGGGAAUUAUCUCCACUAAUGUACCCAACAAGGCACGUAGCCCAAUGACCAGUAAGGCUGCCAUAAAAGGCUAGGGCAGGACAUUGAAAGUAAACAAAUGGAUAACGACCCUGGCUAGAAGUCUGUAACAUUGCCUGCAACCUAACUGCAUCAAACGAGACUUAUGUCGCCUCCUAAAGAGCGGUUCCUGGACAGCUGACCUAGACAUACAUAGAAACUAAAUAUAUCAAGUAAAGGAGCAGGUGCAAAACUGAGAUAACUGUACAAGUACAUAAAAUAAGAAACGGGAAAAAACUGAAAACUAGCAGAGCUGAGCUACCGCUUACAAACUGAAGUAAAUGCGGUCAGACGGAGGCCAGAAAAAACCUGCCCAAAAAAACCCCGAAGGGAAAAAAUGCGGGCAGGAAAUCUGGGUAGGAACCAAGGCUCAAGCUCAAAGCCCUUCCUACGGGACUUUACAAUGUCAUCGAGAAUAUGUUGCUCCUAAAAAUAAAUAAAACAAAAAUAAAGAAAAACCAAAGAGAGGGUGGUUCGUAAGCCUAGAUGACGUACACGUGAUAUACGCAGCCUUAUAUACCCCCGAUAUGGCUACCCAUGGUGCACCCGGCCUAGUACCCAGGCCCUGUUGUAUCUCGUGCCGUCAAAAUAUUUAUUUCUGUCUUCUUCGCGGGCUCAUUCGUCAGAAAUAACAUUUCUUCUCGGUUAUAUAGAGUUCAGCGUCGUUUCGCUUGUUUUACCCUCCCCACCCUCCCUGGGUUUUAUUUUAUAGCCUGUCGUUUUCAAUAAAUUGUUUUUUGCCCCAAACUCGUUGCUUUUCUUUCGUGUCUACUAAUUGGGAUCAAUUCAAAGAUAAGCAUCGUAUUGCUUAUUCAGAUAAAUAAUGAUUGACUACUCUUAUAUGGAACUGAUCCUGGCUUCCUUAACUUUCCGAUUUGCUGUUUUUAGCAUUAAGUAAACUUGUGUGCGUGUUGUUCAAGCGUUUGACCAAAACAAAUUUCCUCAAAAUAUUAUCAAGAUAUUACACCAGUCCUGAAAAUAGUUCCUAUGGGCUCCUGCCUUUGCCCAACCCCACCCAUUUUCAUACAUUGUGUUGUUUGUUUUGUUAUGUUAUUACUUAUCGAGUAGUUUAAAAAAAAACUAAAAAACUUGUAAUAUUGUAAAUUAUUAAUAAUUAACAAAAAUUAGUAGCAUUGUUAAUUAUUAAUUAUGAUUAAAAGUUAAUUUUUAAUCAUUAUCACACACACGACUUUUACUCACACCCACAACCACGCCCCACGACUUGUACCCACGACCCACGACCCACGACCAUUGGACAAACUCGAAAGGAGCUUCAGGUGCAAUAGUUCUUAGGUGUUGAUUGGUCAGUUACUCAUUUCCGGAACAGCGGGGGUGUUUCUCAUUUUCACAGUGUUUUCGGGCAGGCGCUUUCUCUCCUCUCUCAACGCCCCCUACCCCCCUCCUUUUGACUCGCCCCAUUUUCUCCUGUCUUUUCGAGUUUCAACAUGGCGCUUUCGCUAGCAAAACAUUCGCGCGCCCGAAGAAAACGCCUGCACUGCAGGCUAUCCAAAUUCUUGCUUCAUGUAUGGCCGAAACACCGAAAAAAGUGGUGGGAAAUAACUGUUUUGUCUGUAAUAGUCCUUGCAAAGAGUUCGGUCUGCAUCUCAGACCUCAUCGAAGACGGCGUGGAAAUUGAUGUAAGUUUGUUUUCAUCGAGCAACCGUUCGCACUAACUGUUAGUGGGGCAAAAACGCGUGACGAAACCCUAAGAAAGUACAAAGGCGUACCAAUCCCGCCAUAAAUCGAAGUUGAGACUUUAACUUUCGAGUCGGGAGUUCAACAUCAAAUAUUACGUGUCAACAUGAAACUUCGGCAAUCAACAUUGGUAUUGACCAUGAAGACGAUUAAAUUCGUCCCUUUUUUCAGCAAAAUCCUUAACAUUCUCGGCCAACCUAAACAACGUUAAUAAGUUGCACUGCGUACCAUUUCUGCCAAAAAUGCAGGACUCUGUAAAAGCAGAAACGGCGGACGGCGGAUGACGGACCCAGACGGACGGCAGAAAAUAAUGUAUAAAUAAAUUUAUAAGAUAGAUAAAUAAUUAAAAAGACAAAUUGAUAAAAAUACAAGUAAUUAAAAUGUUAAAAAUUUAAAUAUCAGUUGUGACAUCUUCUGAGAUAGACAGAGUAACCAGCUACGAGGCUCUCUCCGAUGUCAGUUCCCACUCGUGGUCGGGAGAAAAGAUCUCCAGUUUCUGUCGUUUCAGUUUGCGAUAUUACUUUGUUGUAGGGUCCGUGUGCCUAUGUUGAAGAAAAUCAUGGGCAAGAGAAGCUACGCUGAUGUAUUUUUUGGCCGGUAGGUACCCCAGUAAAUUAAAUUUUGCGGUAUCCAUAAUAUUUUUGUUUGCUGCAGCUUAUGUCUACUGCUUUAGAUUUCUUCCGGGUCAACUGACUCUGAUAAAAAAACACGCAAACAAAACUUUAAAACUAGUUAGAAGAGGGGGUUCGGCCUCUCGCCUAGAUUCAAGCCUUUUGAAGAGGGGUAAGAUCGGAGGAGAGAGCUAAAAACAGAUGGGCAUUUGGACAAAAAAAAAGAAAGCCUGACCACUUUGAAUUGGGGGUUGCCUGUAAAAUUUAACUUCCAAGUGCAGGAGCCAUAAUAUGGCUUUUGCCGAGUGUUACUAAUUGCAAAACGUUAAUUACUUUAAUUAUUUAAGAAAUUAUUUUAGGGUCCUGGGAUGGAAAUGUUUCUGUCUUUGAGUUGGAAACCGGAAAGAACCUGCUAGAAAUAAAGCCCCAAAGCUGGAGAAUUAACGGUAAGAAAACAGAAAGCCAGUUAUACUUUAGCGAACGCACUGGGAAAAGUUUCUGAUCUAGAAACAUUGAUUAUUUUUUACCCUGAAUAACAAAGAACACUGCUAGACCCACCUGUAGAGAAACGAGUGCAAGAAGUGGGGAACGGCAAGUGCACCCCUAGCCAUUUUCUUUGCCAUUUUGCGUUGAAAAAGAGAGAGAUGUGGGACCUUUGCGACGCUGUUGUUGCGUACUUUUGUUAGCCGAAUAUUAGACAUCACUUCCAGUCGCUUACUCCUCUUUCUGAGAGGAGGAGUAAGCCACUCGAAGAAAUUUCUAAAAUUCAGGCUAUACAUGUACUGUUGUUUUGAUUGGCAGUCAAUCACCCGAUUUGUCAAACAAUUUUAUGUAGUGCGUGCCCCAUGCCUUUGGCGUUUUUGCAAGGUUAGUGACUGCUUUUGAGGAUAAACGACCAUGGUGAAAUCAUGCAAGAGACUGAACUGGUGUUGAAUCGCAUUGCACAAUGAAAAAGGGUUUUUUUGUGCUUUGGAACAGCGGUUUGGGGUAAAAUUCUUCCCCAGUUUCCCUCACGGCCUUGAAAAAAGUAGAAGCGAUAAAGCGAUAGUCAAUAAGAGAAGCAAUAGAGAGCUCUACGAUUGUCCUACAAUGCAGUUUGAUACAAGACCAACCCAGUUUCGCGUGCAUCUACCUCUAUUGUAAUUUCAUAGUUAAAAUGGGUAAUACCUUUUUCUGAAAACAAGUGAACACAAUGAUGACUUACUCUCUUUACAAUUACUAACUUUAUACUACUACUAUACAAAGUACAUGAAAAAUUUCUGCAAUUUGAUUGGCUUAGAGCAGCAGUAUUUCAGCUUAAUUUGAAAUACCUACAUGUGAAAAUUACAAACCUUUUGCUGGUAGUAGUAUAAACAAACAAUAGCAUGAUUUGUACGUGAUAUUUUGCAUAAAUACCACUCGUGAUAUUUCAAAAUUGUCUCAAAUUUCACUCGCCUAACGGCUCGUGAAAUUACGUAUAACAAUUUCGAAAUAUCACUCGUGUAUUUAUGUCUUUGUUUGUCAUUCAAGGUAUCAGUAGUUUUCAAAUAGAUGGCCACGAUUUCGUAGUCAGUGGGUGCGAGGAUCGAAGUUUCAAAAUCCUGGACAUGAAGACCGGUAUGUCCUUUCUUUCGCAGUUUUUGUAA